AUGUACCUACAUAGAAGAAGCAAGUUAACAAAGCUUUACUUACUGGUUUUCUGCGGACUUCUUGUCAACCAGUUGACCAAAAAGAGACUACGUUUGACAGCAGCGUUCUCGUUUAUGUUAGCAACCCGCUUACCACACACAGCUCACUCUCACACGAGGUCUCACACCAUCUCCAAUUAUGCACCUCCAACACCUGGUCUGUCGGCAAAAUCUGCAAAAAAGCAAUCAUCGCAACAUCAUCAAACGACAAAAGAUUUCAAUGCCCAGAGGCGGAUUCGAACCGCCGUCAACACGGAUCGCUGUAUAGAAGAACCACAACGUAUCAUCCUAACCAACUAG